AUGGAUAACCUAUACAUGAAGGGAGAGCUCCUACAAAUUCAUACAAAAAAUGAAGAGGUGAUUGAAGGCAGGUUUUACAGUGUGAAUAAUGACAAAUCUAAAAUAUCUUUGUACAAUGUUAAGGAGUUGCCUCAAGGUGUAGAAGAUAAAGGUGUUUGUCACUAUUACGAUUCUGAAGUCAGAGAUAUUAUUAAACUUCAGGAACAAAAUGAACAAACUUAUCUAAAAUUAACACAAAAAGAAUGUGAAGAGAUAAUUAAAACAUCGAAAAAAUACAUUUUUAUAAAUCAAGUUGACAAACAUUUUCAUGAAGCAAUUGAAGAUUUGGUUCAGUAUAGCUAUAUUGCUCUUAGCACAGAUGGUGCUAAUAUGGGUAGAAAGUGUAAAAUGCCUUUUGUUGUGUUGUCAACUCCGCAGCAAAUCUACAUAUUUGAUAUUCAAGUGAUGCAGUAUCAUGCAUUUGAUGCAGGAUUAAAGAAGAUUCUAGAGUGUGAAACUCCCAAAAAGAUAGUACAUGACUGCAGGAAAAUAUCAGAUUGCUUGUAUCACAAGCAUAAUGUUAAACUUAAUUCUGUUUUUGAUACCCAAGUUGGAGACCUUAUUAUUGCAAGAAACAAAUCUAGUCGUUUACCAACUGCAGUGAAGACAUUAGCAGAAUGCUUAAAUACUUACCUUGGAUUGAAACAUAAUGCUAUAGAAGAAAAACUCGACAUAGUUCAGUGCACUGUACGACCAUUAUCCACAAAUAUUAAAGAAAAUCUUGCUAAAAACAUAGCUUAUCUUCACCGUUUAUCUGAAAUGAUAAAUGACGAAAUGAUGUUACCAUUCAAUAGAGGAAUAGAAUGUUACAUUGAAAAUAUAAGAUCAUGUGAUGAUUUCAAGGCAUGGGAAUUAUGUGGAAAAUCUGGUCAUACACCAAAGGACUUUAAGAGUGCAAUUGAGUAUUAA